AUGUGCUCGUACAGAUGUGAUCAUUGUGGACAUUCCUGCUCAUCAUUUGGUUGUAUUCUUUACAUUGAAUUCAUGGAGCUACUGAUUGCUUUUCGCAGGAAGACAAACCGAAGGCCUGAGAGGAUAAUAUUCUAUAGGGAUGGUGUAAGUGAGGGUCAGUUCAGCCACGUUCUGCUUUAUGAAAUGGAUGCCAUCAGAAAGGUUUUUGCCCUUUCUAUUUCAAGGCUUGUGCCUCUUUUGGAAGAGGGAUAUCUACCGCCAGUCACGUUUGUGGUUGUCCAGAAAAGGCAUCAUACAUGGCUUUUUCCUGAGGUUCAUGGAAGGUGUGAUAUGACUGACAGAAGUGGAAACAUUCUUCCUGGAACUGUGGUUGAUCAAAAGAUUUGCCAUCCUACUGAGUUUGAUUUCUACCUAUGUAGUCAUGCCGGCAUCCAGGGGACUAGCAGGCCCACCCAUUACCAUGUCCUUUAUGAUGAGAAUCAUUUUACAGCUGAUGCACUCCAGUCAUUGACCAACAAUCUUUGCUACAUGUAAGUUCAGCUC